UGACGUGAGCAACGGACCAACGGAAACAACAUUGCAGCGUUUUGUAAUGUGAUUUUGAGAAACUGACAACAAUGUUAGUGUGUUGACAGUCGCUUUAACACUAAUUUGGUAGGGUUCAAGCACUCGCUUUAACCGUGUCUAUAUGAACUAGCAAUACACGUGUCUUUGCUCACUUUCGAGGAAGUAAAGCUUGUUUAUAUUUUUAGAGUGAUUCUAACGGGUUAGCUAAUGCUAGCUAGCUGUCAACAAAUUAGCCGUAGUUGAGAGUUGUGACAGUCUCAGGCUAAAACGCGAUAAACCAGACAGCUCUCUCAUGGACUCGCUCUUUAUGUGCUUAUUCAUUUGUUUCACUGACAAUCAAUGGGAUAUCUUAUGAUCUUUGUUGUACGAAAGCGGUUUCAGUCUCACACAAGCUCAGUCCAAGGGUUGCUUUCCCGCAGAAUGGAGAAUCUGGAGACUGGUCAGGGAUCUCAGCCCAGCCUAGCUAUGCCAGGGAGGGGAAUGGUACAGCCCUCAGGGCACCCAGGGCAGGUGUCAGAGUCAGCCAGGCCCUCCAAGUACCAGGAGCACCCAUCCAAGUCACCAAGGAGACGGCGUGAGGGAAAGAGGUCGCAACGAAGGGGGGGUGGUCAUGAACAGAUGCUUCAGGAGAGCGAGCGGCGGAGGUUGCCAAGCCAACACGAACACCCGGAACCGUCUGGCUCGGCGAUCGACACGGCGGAAAGCUCUCCUAAGAGGAGAGCCCACUUUCUUCAUGGACCGUAUCCAGCCACUCACUUUGGACCCAAAGCCUGUAUUCUUCCCAACCCGACUUCAGUCAUGCACAUCCAGGACCCAGCCAGCCAGCGGCUCACCUGGAACAAACCUCCGGUCAACGUGCUCGUCAUCAGGAAGAUCCGAGAUGAGAGCCUGGUGGAGCCCUUCAAAGAGCUCUGCAGGUUUCUAGUAGAGGAGAAGCAGAUGAUGGUGUAUGUGGAGCGCAGAGUGGUUGAUGAUACCAGCCUGUCAAAGGAUGAGGCCUUCGGCUCCAUUCGCAAUCAACUCUGCACCUUCAGAGAAGGCUAUGAUGAUAUCUCUGACUGCAUAGAUUUGAUCAUCUGUCUGGGAGGAGAUGGGACUCUGCUCUAUGCCUCCUCUCUCUUCCAGGGCAGUGUCCCUCCAGUUAUGGCAUUCCACCUUGGUUCUCUGGGUUUCCUGACACCCUUCAAGUUUGAGUCAUACAAGACUGAAGUGGCAAAAGUAUUUGAAGGCAAUGCGGCCAUCACGCUGCGUAGCCGUCUGAAGGUGAAGGUGGUGAAGGACAUGCUGCAGAGGACAAGCCUGCAACCGUACAGCCAGGAGCCUCAGCAGCAGCAGCAGCAGGAAGUCAACGGGCUCCUUCCUCACGGACACAUGAAUAGCGAAGCCGGCAGGGUCACCCUGCAGCUACAGGUGUUGAAUGAAGUGGUGGUGGACCGAGGCCCCUCCUCCUAUCUGUCAAAUGUCGACUUGUACCUGGAUGGACGACUCAUCACCUCAGUGCAGGGAGAUGGUGUGAUUGUGUCCACCCCUACAGGCAGCACAGCGUAUGCAGCAGCAGCAGGUGCCUCCAUGAUCCACCCCAAUGUGCCAGCCAUCAUGGUCACCCCCAUCUGCCCACACUCACUCUCCUUCAGACCCAUAGUAGUCCCUGCUGGCGUGGAGCUCAUGAUCACCUUGUCCCCUGAUGCCCGGAACACAGCCUGGGUGUCUUUUGACGGCAGGAAGAGACAAGAGAUCCACCAUGGAGACUGCAUCAAGAUCACCACGUCCUGCUACCCGGUGCCCUCUAUUUGCUGCCAUGAUCUGGUGUACGACUGGUUCGAGAGCCUGGCCCAGUGUUUACACUGGAACGUACGCAAGAGGCAGGCCCGGCUGGCAGAUGUGUCCGACUCUUCGGACACGGAAAACUGAGACGCUGCGCGCCCACACACAUUUUCACACCUGCUCAAUGCCCAUUGAAAUGAUCGAGUGAGAGGCGGGGUUCAGCGUUGUGCUCCAAAAUAUUUCAAUAGGACACAUGCUUGUUAACAGCCAUAUGGACUGAAUUGAACCUGUGGCCUUUCAGUUUCAGGGCAAUAUUUCUAACCAGGCAGUGCUGGCAAACACUCACUGAAGACGCUGGAUUGCAGUGUGUUAAUAAACCAAAGCAGUAUUUGAAUAGCAGAUACAAUGAGCAUAUGUAUUAUACAUGCUGAGUCAUGCUUUUGAGUGAGCAUCUCAUUACAUUCCAAGCUUUUCAAUACUAAUGACAGACAGUAGGGUGCAGGGAGAAAGCAUGUUUCUCAUACUGAAAUGAAAAAUAUAUGGUUUUAUUAUGAUGUGAAGGAUGAGGGACACCUAAAGCAGUACUUGAGCAAUAACCAUUUAUUCUGACUUUCAGCACUUCAUCAUCUAUCUGACACUCAGCUUUUAGAAGCCUGCAUAAUGCCUGAUAUGGGGUGGUGGGGACACAGAAGCAGCAGAAAUAAGCCAAAGGGACUGUUUCUCUCUCAACCUUAGUUUAAGCCUUUUAAAUUGUAAAUUUGUACAUAUACAUGCUAGGGAUUGCUAAGGAGGAGAGAUUUAUUUAAUGAGAUAUUUAUGUGCUAUUUAUAUGAUCUCAACAUCGGCCCCAUGCUGAGAUUAAAGGCCUUGUUAAGGCAACCCACUGAAGCUUUAUUUGUAGGUUACUGAAUCCACCACAGACUAAUGUAUGUUAUUUUUAUCCACAUUUCAAGGAUUGGUCAUCAUUUAGACAAUCAUACAAGUAUAUGUAUCGUCUUUUAAGUGCUUUGAUAGCCUCUCUCAGUAGCCCAAAGGUCAUACAUUUGCCAUUUUUAUUCAAAAUAUUGAGUUUAGCCACUCGUUUAUUCAAAAACAUGUUUUAGAAGUAAAAAUGGAAUGAUGGAGAGAAUUUUACAUGGGCCACUAUUUAGCUGUCAGGCUGUCAUGUAAAUUGUGCAGAGAAGGGAGUUGUGCAAAAAUAAAGCUUUAACAGUUUCCAUUC